CAGACACUUUGCAGGUCCUCGACAUUUUAAAUUAGAUCCAUGCAAGAUUCACGUCGACGUCGACAGCAUUUCCCUCUUCUCUAUCAUCUCACCCACAUUAGCGCACGACCGGCGUUCGUUUGCACGCCGCCCGUGCCUGUCCUUCCGAAGCUUUUUGUGCAUGUGCGUCGGCUCGAGCAAUGUUGUGGAGACAAGCUUCAGUCUGCACUCAACAGCAAAUCACAAUGAGCAAUUCAAGGCUGCGUAUUGGUCAUCGAUCGUCAUCACCAUUGUCGUGGAGACGUUACUGCGGACCUGCUUGGGCUCCUGCUCACCAAUGACAGUCCAACCCGAUCGCAUGUGCGAACGUGUAGGCAGCAUCAUGCCUCGACAUUAGAUCAACUUGUGGUUGCUCCUCGCCGAGUAUUGAUGAGUACAAUUGACGUAUUUCCCACGAGCAUUGUAACAACAUUCCCAGGCGAGCGCGAUCAACAAUAAGAGAAUCAUGACCAUGGGAGUUCUUGGCCAAGCAUGCGAGCGGCGCAAUUCACACACUUGCAAUCAUGGGAAGCGAUGUCUGGCGCACGAGACUGCCGACCACCGCCAAUACAUUUCUCAGGAUAUCGCCGAGCUCCUGGAACAAUCCGCCGAAACCUAUCAAAUAGAUGAGCAGCCAGCACCAACAAGCAUACCAUCUACAGAGUUAGAACCGUUUACAUUUCCGACAUCAACAGGUCCACUUGACCGUGCGUUGCACGCUUCUUCAUAUUUUUCAUCAUUCAACUCAUUCUCGCCAAUUGUGCUCGAUCCGGCUUUGAAUCGGGUGGACGCCGAUCUCUCACUCUUUUCCGGCUCGGAUACAAAUGCUGGGCUCAAUUCUUCUGACAAGUUCAUGCUUGAGCUUUCCGAGAUUCCGAUGUUUCCGGAAGUUGGAAGCGACUGGGACCCUCAGCCGGUGGAGGUUGCGAAUACUGCAACUGGCGAAACGGGAGACUGCCCGGAACUGCUCACAUGUUCGGAGUCGGAUACUUCGCCGCAGAUGCUUGAUGUAUGCUUCUCUGAGACGACGGACGAGUCAUCAUCAUAUGCAUUCGACCAAACCAUGUCCGACGCAGAUCUCGAGGCCCCCGACGACCUCCAGGGAAUGGGCUAUCGAUCAAGUACAGAUGGCGGGUGGACAUGCAAAUGGGAGUCUUGCAAGCAGAAGAAGAUUUUCUACCGGGCCUGUGACCUCCGAAAACAUUUCGCAACACAUCAGAAGACCCAUGCCUGCACAAAUGCGGAUUGCAGCAUGGUGUUUGCCACUGCCAAAGACCUUAGAAGGCACAGCGCGUCUCACAUGCCGCAAAUAGCGUGUGCGGCAGUGGGAUGUCCACGGAUGUUUUCAAGACUUGACAAUAUGAAUGAUCAUUACAGACGGAUACAUAGACAUAAUCGGCUUCGCUGCACUGGCAUCGCAUUCCGGAGGACAGGCUGAUCUUGAGCUUUUUCUGCAUUGCACAAGCCGGCUCGACAGAAUAAUUGAUGAAUUGGCGCGCUUCAUUUUGUUUGAACUUAAUCCUGGCAGCAUCAAAAGCAUUAGAGAGGAUUUAUUUGCCGUGUGGAUAUACGGAACUUUGACACAUUUCGGGGCAUCACGGAGGAGGAGAAAGGGGGAUCAACUGAAAAUCCCUUGCCCACUUGCGGGUUUAGAGUCAUCCCAUCUGCACUUUGCAUUGCAUCAAAAACGCGUUGUUGUAGAUCAUCAUACGAUAUGUGGAAG